AUGAUGGACAUUGCACAGCUGACCAUCUUCAUCCGUGGAGAGGAAAUACUGAACAUUAAAUCGAUGCACGGGACAACGACAGGAAAAGACAUUUUUAAAAUACACCUCCACAGUAACCGGAAACACGUGACCUCCACAGUAGCAAUAAGAGCUGUUGACCCAAAUGAUCCAAACAGCGAGAGUGUUCUGAGUCAGCUGGCGAAGACUGAGAUCUCCCUCACUCUAACCAGCAAGUUUGAGCUGCUGGAAGGAGAUGACAGAGACUUAAAGACCCUCAGUACAAAGACAAAAAAGCUGAUUGUGGAUGUGAUUUGGAUCCAACCUGGAGAGACUUUACCUGAAAUUCUUGAGACUCCAGCCACUGCAGCACAGGAGUCAGAGCAUACUAGGAUUGUUGAGCGCAGGGCAGUCCAGGAUGCUCAGACACCAGAGGGUCUGAAGAGCAGCCCAGCACUUUUGGAGGACAUCCAGUUACCGCUCGAGCAGAAGAAGAGGAAGAUUAUCAGGAACCUUCGUAACCUGGAGCAGGCUGGCCUUGCUACUGCAAGUAACAAAUACCAGGACCUCAUCAACGAAAUAUCAAAGGACAUCCGAUACCAAAGGCGCUACAGACAGAGGAGGAAGGCCGAGCUCGUGAAGCUCCAGCAGACUCUGACUGCCCUCAACUCAAAAACAGCCUUCUACCAGGACCAGAUGAACUACUAUGAUGCCUACAUCAAGACUUGCCUGGAUAACCUAAACAGGAAGAAUUCACGCAGAUCUAUAAAACUGGAUGGGAAAGGGGAUGAUAAGGGCAGUAAGAAGUGGAAGCCCCAGUCUCUGAAGUACACUGCAGCCAAACUGCAUGAGAAGGGAGUCAUCCUGGAGGUAGAGGGACUGCAGACAAACCAGUUCAAAAAUGUCAUGUUCGACAUUUCACCCACUGAGGAAGUUGGAGACUUUGAGGUGAAAGCCAAGUUUAUGGGGGUCGAGAUGGAAAAAGUCCAGCUUCAUUUCCAGGAUCUCCUUCAGCUGCAGUAUGAAGGCGUGGCGGUCAUGAAGAUGUUCGACAAAGCCAAAGUGAAUGUCAAUUUACUCAUCUUCCUCCUGAACAAGAAGUUCUACGGAAAAUAAAGGAGAGAAAAAACAGAGUUGGGAGAAACCUGGUUGUGCCUUUGGACUGUACUGAGUUUGCUGAACAGCACAAAAUGUCACGCGGUGCCGUGGUUUGUUUCUUCUGCCUAUAAUUUGAUGGAUCGCACCAAAAUGAAACUUUAUCGUCCACUUUGUGUACCUAUAUAUUUUUUCUUUCCCACGUGGUGAUUGUAAAUGUAAUGUAUUUUGAAGAAUUAAAUUGUGAUGUUCAUGUUUCUUGUCCAAAAGAGAGAAGUUUGAUGGAAAUAUCAGACGAACCAGUACGGUCUUAUUUCAGAAACUGGAGCUGCGCAGCCUGCAUGGCUGUAUGAAAUAAUAUAGUGCCUUUUAAUGAAAGAAUUUAAAGACACGUGUUACGACUGGGAUCGUAAUCAUAUGCAAAUUUGAGUGUGCAGGCGCUCCUCCGUGGUUGGUGCAUCCAGGGUGGAUGGCUCGCACCGAUUGGCUGAGGACCGGAUAAGAAGAGACCGCCAGGGACUGCCAUUGAUUCAUCCUCCGCCCAACCCAGCCGGCAGACCGUUCACUAUGUCACUAUGUUGAUUUGAUGUUAGAGCAUGUAGGGGUGGACCGCCUUUUUGUUUGAUUAGUUUUCUCCUGUUUUUGCUAGGUAGGGAGGAAAGUACUUGUAAUUUGGUUUGGUUCUUUUGACUAGGUAAGUUGUACUUAUUCCUGAGUUAGGCUACCUUUUGUUUGUUGUUUUGGCCUUGGGUUCACCCUGAAGUUAUAAUUUGCUCCCUUCCUUUGUUUAAAUGCACUUAUUGUAAAUAAAUCACUGUCACAAAGUA